AUUCGGGAAAUGGAAGCAUAUGUAAUCCAAAAAAUUAAUAGCAAAGAUUAGAGAUGAGGUGUGAAUCAAUCAACAUUGAUGGCUAAAUUUAUUCGAUUUCCAUUUAGAGAGAGAAAAGGCCCACCAGGAGCCCAAGAGGGAGGGAGCCAACCAGGAAAGAGAGGAGGAAUAUCCAAAAGGGAUAAUUUUGAUUUUGACUGUUAUUAGGAAUGAUGACGUGGCGAUCCAAAGAAUAUUCCAAGAUCCCAUCUUCUUCUUCUUCUUCUUCUUUUUAAGCAAAGCCCCCAAAUCCCAUCUCUGACCACAUCCUGCCCAAGAAGAAGAGCCCUUUUUUUUUUUCUUCUUACAUUAGAAAUAUGUCUCUUAAAGCCAUUCAUGUCUCGGAAGUGCCAAGCCUCGACCACUUCCCUGAGAACCCGUCGCUCCUCUGCUCCUCUCGCAAAGCGAAUAACAAGUUUGUGGUGAUUGGACAUAGAGGGCACGGCAUGAACAUGUCGCAGUCGCCGGAUCUAAGGUUUUCUGCUCUCAAGGAAAACUCCAUCCUCUCCUUCAACGCCGCUUCAAAAUCCUCUCUCGACUUUAUCGAAUUCGAUGUUCAGGUCACCAGAGAUGGCUUCCCAGUCAUUUUCCACGACGACUUCAUCUACUCCGAGGAACAGGGAGUGGUGUACGAGAAGAGGGUCACGGAUCUUUGCUUGUCGGAGUUCUUGUCCUACGGGCCACAGAGGGAUACAGGCAAGACAGGAAAGCCUUUGCUGAGAAAGUCAAAGGAAGGGCAGAUCCUCAAGUGGAGCGUGGAAAGCGACGACCCUCUCUGUACUCUCCAAGAGGCUUUUGAGAAAGUAGAGAAGCCAAACCUCGGUUUCAACAUUGAGCUCAAGCUUGACGACAACCUCUUCUAUUCCUCCGAUCACCUCUCCCGUCUUCUCCUCCCAAUCUUGCAGGUGGUGUCUGAUAUCGGAAAGGACAGACCCAUCAUCUUCUCCAGCUUCCAUCCUGAUGCCGCCCUUCUUGUCAGGAAGUUGCAGACCACCUACCCCGUAUUCUUCUUGACAAACGGAGGAACUGAGAUGUACUACGACACCAGAAGGAAUUCGCUUGAGGAAGCAAUCAAACUAUGUUUAGAAGGAGGCCUUCAAGGGAUUGUCUCGGAGGUGAAGGGAGUAUUCCGCAACCCCGCUGCUGUCAACAAGAUAAAAGAAUCCAAGCUCUCUCUGAUGACCUACGGAAAGCUCAACAAUGUCGCGGAGGCGGUUUACAUGCAGCAUUUGAUGGGAAUAGAGGGAGUCAUAGUUGAUCAUGUGGAGGAGAUAACAGAGGCCGUGAGAGAGAUGAUGAAGCCAUCCAACAGAGAUGCUGAUGAUACUAAGCCAAAGCCUAACUUCUCAGAGAGAGAGCUCUCUUUUCUUCUCAAGCUCAUUCCUGAGUUGAUACAACACUAAAACCAACUCUUAUCUCGUUUAGUUAGGAUCUCUAGUUUCCCAAAAUUGUGAUAGUGUUUGUUUAGGGGAAAUUUGACAACGUGGGUGAUUCAUGAGAUGAAAAGCCCAAAUGUUAUGGGAUAUCACUGUUUGCAUA